GGCACUGCAUGCUGUCCUCAGCAAGUUCAGCGAAGAAGAAGAAGAAGAAAAGGGGAAAAGCCACGAUUUUCUGUCCUUGUCCUGCUCCGAUCCUUCUAAAGGUUCUUAGAGAUUAAGUUGUAGUCUGUGAGACUGGUGUUACACUAGCAGUGAUUUAUUAACACGCUAGGAUUUCACACGUGAAGACCUAGAUCUUUAAGGUCUUCUUUCAGACGGCAUCUCUGUGGUCCAGCUGUUACCUCAAUGAUCACCAGAAGAAAAAGCCACAUCAUGAGCACCACAGAGGUGCUGUCAGAAGAGGUUGAGGUUGUAGAUGCUGUGGAAACUGUUGAAGACCUCCCAAGGCCGUCUGAGGGGAUCCACAUGGAUGACACAGAUCCUGCUGGAACUGAGCUGGAUGACCUGCUUGAAGAUUUUAAAUGGACUCUUGAAAAAGAAGAUUCCUCUUCUCUCUUUGACAUCGACUUGUCUGAUCUGGGCGACUACGCUGUCAGAGACCAGAACUCCGGCUUUGAUGUUUCAGCUGCCUCGUCUCCAGAGAGAUCAUCGUCCGAGUCCAGGAUGAAGAACAGACACAAUCAGUCGAGGCGUGUCAUUAACAAAAAUGCCAUUGCUGCCAGGUUGAAUCGUCUCAAGAAGAAGGAAUAUGUCAGCAGCCUGGAGAAGCAAGUGGGCCUUUUAUCAGUAGAGAACACGGGGCUCAAACAGGAGAACUCUCAGCUGACCAAGCGGGUGGAGGAGUUAGAAGAUGAAACCAGGGCCCUGACUCAAAUGACCACGAUUAUGCGUUGCCCAGGAAGCGGGCGAGAGUGGUGGAGAAACAGACAUCUGGCGGCGUGUGUCUGCACGUAGACAAGAACCACGUCUCAGUGGAGUUCUGCACUAAGUGUGCAGAGAGUGCAAGCACGACGCUCACAAUGUAGGGUCAAGUACUUCUCUUUGUUUUCUGCGAGUGAGGCAGAGCCUCGUGUUCUGACCCGCUGCAGGGUGGAUGAACUAUGAGUAAUUCAGCUGACAUAGGUUCUGCAGGAUGUGCAUGUCAUUUCUGAGUGUGUGUUGGUGGAAUGUGUACACGUUACUGCUAAACCUUGUUGACAGUUUCUUCUAGGUAAGGGUUGCUCCACCAUGCGGGAUGAGUGGCUUUCUGAUCACCUGUCCCUGCUGGGCUCCAUG